AUGGAGAAGGCCUGGGCCGCGGAUGAAGCUGGGGACCAGGCAAAGGCGACAAUGUUCUUUGAAAUCGUCGCCGCAUUAGGGAAAGCGCAAGCCAGCCAGGUUGCAGACCCAUCCCCCCUUCAACCACCCCCUCGACCUCCCCAGCAACAUAACCCUGCAGGCAUCAUGGGUUCGUUGACAAACCCUUCAAACCCUGACCCAGAAGGACAAAAGACGUUACCCAUCUUCUCAGUUCCCACCUUGAGGGUCCCCGUGAACAAGAUGUCCAGAUUUGCGGAGAUCGGGAACCCGGUAUUGCCUAAUCUACCAAGUGGUUAG